GGCGUGGAGCGUACAGCUCGUGGUAAGUUCGAGGGCGGAGACACGCACUGGGAAGAGGCCAAAAUGGGCUCCUAUGCCAACUCCGAGAUCAGACUGACCGAGAUUCAGGAGCUGCUCUGCUCAGAGUUGGCCACUGGCAAAGAUCAGUGCCACCAUUUGGCUGAAGAAUACGAGCCGCAGAUUGAGAACUGGUGGUUCUCCCGGCGCCAGCCGUCCGCAGCCAACGGCCAGUCUCUCUACGACUACCUGUGUAUGGAUCAGAUGAAGGCGUGCUGUCCUGCGGGACACUACGGGCCGGACUGCAAGCCGUGCGCCGGCCAUCCCGACCACGUGUGCUCUGAUAGGGGCGUCUGCGUUGGCAACGGAUCCCGCGACGGCUCCGGCCGGUGUCUGUGCGAUAGUGGGUUUGGCGGCGCCGACUGCGGCCAAUGCGCUAAUGAUCACUACGCGAACGGGACGGUAGCCGAUGGACAGUUGCCUGCGUGCGAGCCGUGCGACAAGAGUUGCGCCUCCGGGUGCCGGUCGGGUGGACCGAAGGGCUGUCUGGUUUGUACCGCCGGCUAUAUAUGGGACGGCGACUAUGGAUGCGUUGAUGUGGACGAGUGUGUGGAUCUGGGGGUCAAUCCGUGCGAGUCUAACGCUUUUUGUAUUAACACUGAGGGCUCGUUUUAUUGUUACCGUAAGUGUUUGCUGUCGAUUAGAUACCAGUGUCCGACUGCUGGUCAGCGAUGGCCGGUUGGCGUAGUGGCCAGUGAUAUGCGGUUGGGUGUGACCGCCCGGCUCUGGCAUAAGUGCCGAGAGUUUAAGUGCGACAAAGCGUGCGACGGGUGUAAUGGCGACGGACCAGAUUCGUGCCUGAAAUGCGCGCAAAACCACGUACUGAAGGACGGCAUAUGUCUGGACCCGGAGGCCAACAAACGCGAGACCCACAUCUCGUUGGCCCGAUACGCCACCUACUUGGGCCUGUGCGUGGCCACCUGUAUCAUAUUUCGCAACAACAUCUACGUGGCCUCAGUCAUCGGGCUGGUUGUGGCCGUCUAUAUCACUCUAUCUGAGUUUACGCUCAAAGACGACGUGUUUAACCCGCUGUCCAACUGGGCUCAGGCGGCCGCGUGAUUGUACUGCUGGUGAUGGUACUCGACUGGACACUACUGGUGCACACAUUCCCGUCGUAUCUCUCAAUCUCUCCGUUUAUUUAUUAAAUGAUUUGUUUUUUGUGUAAUUUAGCAUUUAAUUGAUUCAAUUUUAUUAAUUACAAUCCCUUAUUAGCCCCAUUGCCCCCACCCUCUAGCCUAGACCACUCUAAUCCCCACCCCUUGUGGGCAUUUACUCACUGUCCCCCUCC